ACAACUGAUCUCAAAUAUUAAACUAUAUGGACUUCUUCACUAAAUCCAAACCUGUAAUUACAAUCCGUAGUUAUCACGAUAAGUACCUCGUCGCCGAUGAUGACAGGAAAACUGUCCGCCAGAGCAAAAACGGCUCUUCCAUGAAAGCACGGUGGCAUGUUGAAUUCACCAAAAGUACCGAACCCACAUCCAUCCGCCUGAGAAGCUGCCAUGGCAGAUACCUGGCCGCCUCUUCCACAUACUUCCUCCUUGGUAUGACCGGAAACAAGGUUAUCCAAGCUGAUUCUCUUGAAUUUGUAGAUUGGCAGCCGAUAAGAGAUGGGUUUUCACUCAAGUUUCGUUCGGCUGCCUGUGGAACCCUACUCAGGGGCAACGGCGGCCCGCCGCCGUGGAAGAACUCGGUGACCCACGAUGAACCUAAACUUAAGUCGGAUUGGGUUUUGUGGCAAGUUGAAGAAGUUGAUGAUGUACAAGACUUGAGCGGUAAGUAUUUGUCUUUGUUGUCGUCUGUCUCAUCUGUCUCCGACGAUUUGUUCGGCGGCUCUGAUAUUGGCUCCCCUGUUUCCGUUCAAUCUAUCUAUUCGCACAAGUCGGAAACAAAAAAGACCGGAAUGGAUUUGUUUCACAACGCCAAGGCGGUUCGCCUUCGUAGUCACCACGACAAGUACCUUCUAGCGGAUGAAGAUCAGGAUUCUGUUUCACAAGACCGCAGUGGUUCCUCCAAGAGAGCUCGCUGGUACGUUGAAAUCGUCUCCGGUACAGACAACAUUAUCCGCCUCAAGAGUUGCUAUGGCCGUUAUCUUACUGCCUCCAAUCAGCCGUUUCUCCUUGGGAUGACCGGUCGUAAAGUCCUUCAGACGCUUCCCUCCCGUCUUGAUUCAUCGCUUGAGUGGGAGCCUGUUAGGGAAGGCGAUCGAAUCAAGCUCAGGACUAGGUACGGUAAUUUUCUCAGAGGAAAUGGUGGAGUUCCUCCAUGGAGAAAUUCCGUUACUCAUGAUAUACCCAAUCGAUCUUCCACCAAAGAUUGGAUCUGCUGGGAAGUGCACGUCGUUGAGAUCGUCGAACAUUCUUCUCACGGAAAUCCUCCGCCGCCGAUUUCGGACACCACGGUUUCUUCCGAAACUAGCUCGCCCUCCACCUGUUCGACGAAAAGUCAAAGUUUCGGCAGACAAGAGUCGAGUGAUUCGUUGGCUUAUUCUCCGCCAAAGGCAAGCGGCGGUCGGACUAUUUAUUACCAUGUGGCAGAUGACAAUGGGAAUUUAGAGAAUGAAGAUGAGGGACUGUAUAUAACUUUCAAGGGGAAUGGGGUUAAUGAAUUGACUCGAACAUUGGAGGAGGAGACUGGACUUGAAGGGAUCAUAGUAUGCACAAAGAGUCCGUUGAAUGGCAAUCUUUACCCUCUUCGUUUGCAGCUUCCUCCCAACAAUAUGACCAUGAACGUUGUUGUUGUUCUAUCCUCAUCUAAAGUGGCAAGAGGGUUUUCAAAAGCAGGAAUCCAGUGAUGAUAAAAGAGAAGAAGGCUGUUUUUUUAUUGUAUUUUUAUUGUAUUGUAGAUAUAUGUUGUUACAUAUACAAUUUUGAGACAAUUCCUACUUGA